GUAACGGCGAGGAGACUUGGUGGGCACCCGGGUGUCGUCCCGGCCGCCGGAGCCCCGAGCCGCCGGCGGGAAGCGGCCCCGCGCCCCUGGGCGCCCCGCACCGGCCCGGGCGGCCCCGUGGCGGCCGCGCUCGAGCGCUCGUCGGAAGGGCGCGCGGCCCAGCUGGGAGCGCGGGGGCGUGGCGAGGCCGCGGCUUCUGUUUCCUUGGGGCCCGGCUUUCGGUUUCGUUUCCCGCCGCGACUCCACCCGGCGCGAGGCAGCGCGCACCCCGGCGUCGAGCUCGAGCCAGAGCCCACAGUCGAGUGGCCAUGGCCGCGCCUACCGCCGUGGUGGGCGAGGUGACCCAGGUCCUGUGCGCGGCUGGGGGCGGCCUGGAGCUGGAGGAGCUGCGGCGCCGCGUGCAGGCGAGGGUGGGCGCCGACGCGCUGGAGCGGGCGCUGCUGGAGCGCGGGCGCUUCGUGGUCACCGUGCGGCCGGGCGCGGGCGCGGGCGGCGCGGCGGGGUCCGCGCGCGUGGUGCUGGCCGCGUCCCCGCUGCGACUGUGCCGCGCACACCUGGGCCCCAAGCCGGGCUGCGCGGGGCUCUGCGCGCAGCUGCAUCUGUGCAGGUUCAUGAUCUACGGCGCCUGCAAGUUCCUGCGGACCGGGAAGAACUGUAGGAACAAUCACAGCUUAAUGACUGAUCACAACCUGAGUGUGCUGAGAACUAAUGGCGUUGACCACCUCAACUAUAGCGAGCUGUGCCAACUCUUGUUUCAGAAUGACCCUGUGCUUUUGCCAGAAGUCUGCCUACAUUACAACAAAGGAGAUGGGCCCUUUGGCGGCUGUUCCUUUCAAAAGCAGUGCAUCAAACUUCAUAUCUGCCAGUACUUCCUACAGGGGGAGUGCAAGUUUGGUAUUAGCUGUAAGAGACGCCAUGAUUUCUCCAGCCCUGAGAACCUGGAGAAGUUGGAGCGGUUGGGCAUGAGCUCAGACCUGGUCAGCAGGCUGCCUUCCAUCUAUAGAAAUGCAUACGACAUCAAGAAUGAGAGCUCUACCCCCGCCAAAGUGCUCCCUCCUCCUGCAGCCCCUCAGCGGAUUUCUGAAAGAAGAGACAGCUUGACUUCUGUGUCCCCAAACACUCCUAGCCAGGAGGAGAGUGAUCAGAUCUGCUUGUAUCACAUCCGGAAAAGCUGUGGCUUUCAAGACAAGUGCCACAGAGUUCAUUUCCAUUUGCCUUAUCGAUGGCAGUUCCUGGAUGGUGGCAAGUGGAAGGAUUUGGACAAGAUGGAGCUGAUUGAAGAGGCCUAUAGCAACCCCGGAAGAGACAGGAUAACGUGUGCUGAGUCAUCUGGUCGUGGCCGCACUGAUACCCUGCAUUUUAACUCCAUGAUGUUCGGCACUGCCCAGGCUCGCCGCCUCUCCACAGCCUCCUCAGUCACCAAACCUCCCUACUUCAUCCUCACAACUGACUGGGCAUGGUAUUGGAUCGAUGAGUUUGGUUCUUGGCAGGAAUAUGGAAAACAAGGCACAGUGCACCCUGUGACCACCAUCAGCAGCAGCGAUGUGGAGAAGGCCUACCUGGCUUUCUGUACCCCGGGAGCCGAUGCCCAGACGACUGUUCUGAAGUUCCAGGCCGGAAAGCACAGCUACACAUUAGACUUCAAAGCCUUUGUUCAGAAAAACCUGGUCUACGGCACUGUCAGAAAGGUUUGCCGCAGACCCAAGUAUGUGUCUCCCCAGGAUGUGAAGAUGAAGCAGACCUGCAGUGUCAAGUUUCAAGGCCCAAAGAGCAUCCCAGACUAUUGGGAUCCCUCUGCCCUGCCUGACCCAGGCUUUAAGAAAAUCACCCUUGAUACUUCCUCAGAAGAGUAUCAGAAAGUCUGGAACCUCUUCAACUGUACACUGCCUUACUGCUUUGUUCAGAAGAUAGAGCGAGUGCAGAACCUGGCCUUGUGGGAAGUCUACCAGUGGCAAAAGGGGCAGAUGCAGAAGCGAAAUGAGGGGAAGGAGGUGGACGAGCGGCAGCUGUUCCAUGGCACUGCCACCAGCUUUGUGGAUGCCAUCUGCCAGCAAAACUUUGACUGGCGCAUCUGUGGUCUUCACGGCACCUCCUAUGGGAAAGGGAGCUACUUCGCCCGUGACGCUGCGUAUUCCCACCACUACAGCAAGUCCGACACCCACGUCCAGAUGAUGUUCCUGGCCCGGGUGCUGGUGGGUGACUUUGUCAGGGGCAACCCCUCUUUGGUCCGCCCUCCUGCCAAGGAAGGGCAGAGCAAUGCCUUCUAUGACAGCUGCGUGAACAGUGUGUCCGACCCGGGGAUCUUUGUGGUCUUUGAGAAGCACCAGGCCUACCCUGAGUACCUCAUUCAGUACUCGACCUCCCCCAAGCUGCCACCUACAACUGCCACCCCCACCUCCACCCCCACCCCCACCCCCUCGGGGAGCUCUGUGGUCUUGGCAGCACUGGGCUCCCUCUUUGGUGGCCGGCAGUAAGUGCAGCCAGGAGGCAGGGAAGCUGUGCGGGGUUGUUUUAGAGAAAACUUUUAAUGAACUGUGUUUAAUGUGGCUUCUCGGGGAAGCUGCAUUCUUACUCCUUUGUCAGUAACAGUUUCUACUUUCGGGUGACUUUGGGGCUCACCUGUGGACAUACAUGCUGGGUGAUCGGAGGUGAGCCCGGCUUGCUUUUUAAUGACCUAUUGCUGCCGCACUUCCCAUUCCGUGACUUUGCUGCUCGUCGCACCUGGCAGUUUCACAACACUGUUUUAUGGAUUUGUUUUAAUGGUUAGGAGUUUCUGUGUCUGCAGUGACUCUGUGUUCAGGGUCUCCUGCCCUUUGUCAGCGUGGUGCAGUGGCCUGCGGGGAGGUGAGUCUGGUUCUGUGGCUGCUCUGGGUCCUGGCAUUGACUGACCCGUGUCAUGUUAGAGCAGGUGGCGGCCGUGUGGUAUCAUUGAGUCCCUGCCAGUUUUCCCUAGUGCUGGGGGGCCAGCAGGACCACCCUGGCAGGAGACAUGAAAGAAUCCCUUGGGACCCCAGACUCGCAGCCCUGAGGAUGUGGGGUAACCUCCCAUGUCCAGUGAGGCUGGGAUCCUGUGCUGUGAGUGUCACAUGAGAGUACGGAAUAAAAGUAUUUAUCCAAAUACUA